CAGCUAGCAGUCCGGUAUCAACCCGGUAUGACUCACGCCAAAAAAAAAACGAGGCUGUCUGCAUCUUGAUGACAGAAAAAGUUGCACUUUCUUUGAAUACUUAAACUGGCCCUAAAUCUUCUUUUAUUUUAUUUCUUAAAUUCACUACUCAUACUAUCUGUCUAACAGCCCGAGCUCAAGUCUUCUUGAAGUCUUUUAAUUGGCGUUUGCUGAACUUGCAACAUUUACACUACAUCACUACUCCGUCGAUACCACAGAAACUUCUACACAAUGGCACAGAGCAAUGGCGCUACUGAACUAGAAUGGGUGACGGUCAAAACAACUCUACCGAAACCCUAUCCUCCCAUGUCAGAGCGAGAGCCCAUUCGAACUGAGCGCCUCAUCCUCAGGCCAUACGCCGCCACAGACCUCAAUGACUUCCACCUCCUCCGCAUACAGCCCGAAGUCAUGAAGUGGACAUCACAGGGCAAGCCCGACACAGACCUAGCACAAACCGAAAAAGUCCUCGCAGACAGGCUACCGGGCACCGAUGGUGAAUCAGCUUACGAGUUCGCCAUCUGCUGGGCAGAGACCGGCGAAAUGAUUGGCACGGGUGGCUCUCACAUGCGGGUGGGAGAGCUCGGCUGGCCUGUCGUCGGCUACCUGUUUCGAUCCGAAUUCUGGGGCAAGGGUAUCGCUACUGAAGUUAUGAACGCCAUUCUCAAGGCGUACUGGGCACUUCCCCGAGAAGAGGUCGAGAUCAAGGUGGAGAAGAGCACCGUCGAGGGCGAGAGCGAGCGACAGCCAGAGCGGAUUACUGCGGUCACGCUGGAUAGCAACGGGCCCAGUCAGAACGUAUUGGGCAAACUUGGCUUUAAGCUGGUCAAGAAAUGGGAGGAGGAGGAACCUAAUACGAAAGUGAUGGAGCUGCUCUACGGGUAUGCUGCGCAAACGCCGAAUGCCUAAAGGAACGUAGAGAUGGUGUUGGAGAAAGCCAUAUUCGCAUAUUGCACUUUGGAAGCCAAGCGUCUGCAUAGUUUAUGAUUUAGCGAUAUAGAUAUGACGGAUAAAAGUAAUACACUACUAGAUGGCAACCAAAAAACAAUGCAAGAUAUCCC